UAGACAUCAGGAGAGUCUUUAAAAGGACAGUUAGUUUUUAUUUUCUAAUAAUCCAUAUAAUGUAUUUUCUGCAGGUGAAACAUUUCUACUGUGCUUCUCAUUACAACUAAACUGGAAGAAAUUUUGUGCCAGAAGUAGUUCUGACAACCCUACAAACUUUCGAGCCAUCAGCUGUGUCCGAACUCUUAUUGGAUGCCUCUUUGUAUUACCCCAUGCCAUUUUGCAGGCCCUGCAUGGACCAAUCAGGAAUCCAGCAUGGAUUGAAGAGUCAUAUUUCAAUAUCUUCUGGGCUUCCAUCUACAAUUGCUCUGUAUUUCUGGCUGCAUUUUUCUACAUUGGCGGUUUCCUGCUCAGCUAUUUGCUUUUGAGAGAACUGGAUAGAAAACAAAUCUUCAAAUGGCCUGACUUCUUCAUGAUUGUCAUUCAGCGAUAUAUAAGGUUAUCUGUUGUGUAUGCUGUAGCAGUUGCAUUUGGGGCUACCUGGUACAUCCACAUGAGUGAAGGGCCUAUGUGGAACAGUGUAGUGGGCACUGAAGCUCAGAACUGCAGACGUAACUGGUGGAUCAACUUACUUUAUUUGAACAACUACUAUAAAGUUGAAGAAAUGUGCAUGCCGCAGUCCUGGUACCUGGCUGCUGACUUCCAGUGCCAUGUUGUGGCCACGUUGCUUGUGGUCGUGGUGUGGAAGCAUCCGCGUUACGCCAAGGCAGUGCUGGCUGGUGUGCUGUUUGCAAGUGUUCUCACCUCCUUCAUACAAACUUAUGUUGAGGGGUUGAACCCUUUAUUUCUUCUCUAUCCACAGACUGGAAAACAGGUGUUUAAGGACAAGACUUUCCAAAGAGCCCACAUCACAUUCCAUCGAAACUUCGGCGCAUAUUUGAUAGGAGUUAUCUUUGGUUACAUCUACCACAACACAACACACACUAGUGUGAAAUGGACAAAGGUGGGGCACUGUGUCAUGUGGCUUGUUGCCAUCACAGCACUUGUAUUCACCCAUCUGAUAUCCACAGUCUUCUACCAGCCCAGCUACAAACAUAACAGCCUAAUAGCAAGUCUAUAUGGAUGUAGUUAUAGCAUAAUCAUAGCAGCAGCAAUAGGCACCAUUCUGACAAGUUGUGCAUUGGGACAUGGUGGGAUUAUCAACCGCAUUGCAUCAUCAAAGCCAUUCCAGAUUCUCGGUCGUCUCUACUAUUGUAUGUACCUAAUUCACUUCUAUGUGAUUGCGGUACAAAUUUCUUCAAAGAAGGAGCCCUUUGACAUCUCUGGACCUUGGCUUACAUACAUAACGCUUUCUGUCAUAGUGAUGUCAUAUAUACUGGCUGUUCCCCUCUACUUAUUAGUCGAGAUGCCAUCUUCUGCAUUAUUCAAAUGGCUACUUACAGAAGGAAGACGAAACGGCAAGCAGCACUGAAGAAAAUCCAACAAACUUUCCCCUUUGUUGAAAAAACAGAAAGAUGUGUAACCUGCAAACAGCAUACAGCCUAAGCAGCUCAGUAACUUGUCUAAAUGGAUAUACAGCACAAACGUAUUACACAUCUCUAAAAUAUUUUCACAUCUAGAAAAUAGAUACCUGUAAAUUCACUGAACAUGUAACUUUACAGGCAAAUUUAACCAGCAGAUGUGUUGGUCCCAGGGAUGAGUCAGCAACCUGACAUUCACAAGGUUCCAUGUUCAUGUCCACAGGGAAUGUGACUGCAACUUUUUAUGUGUGGAAGUUGGCUGCAUUGUCACAGAUGCAUAUAGUCUCAGGCGACCUAUAUAGUUGGCCUCACAAUCUGUUUGGGACAUUAAUGUUCUGCCCAUACUGCAUGUUCUGCAUUUUGCUGUGACAACACAAGGCUUGUAGCAGAUCGGUUUCUCCUGCAUCGGAGGAAUUGACUUUUAAAAUAUGACUGACCUGUAUGGAUCUAUAAAAUAAAACCCUUGACAUGAGAUUCUGUACAUGGACAUCACAUAGGUAAGUGGAAAAGUAGGUCCAUAUAAACACAUACCCAACAGCCUUGACUACAUAUAUUUCUAUAUUCUCCAGAUAUGUGCAGAAGCAUAUGUAUUUAGCUUAUAAUUCAAAACAAGACAUGGUAAUUACUAUACCAGUAAAUUACACAAGAUAUAUUAAAACUAACAGCACAUACAAAAUUUGAAUACUGUAUCCCUUUUACUUGUCAUUCAUCCAUGAAACUUUGGAAGUAUUAUCCCUCUUUCUGUAGAUGUAAUGCAAACAAAUCUUUACAAAGGUUCACAGUGUAAUAAACUCUACAAAAAACUAA